CUUCCCCCUUCUUCCUCUUCUUCUUCUUUUUCUCUGUCUUUCUUUUCCUUUUGUUCUUCUUCUUCUCCUCCUCUCCUUUUCUCUCCCCAUCCUCCCUCUCUCCUUUCCCUUCCCUCCUUCUCCUGCCCGGUGGAUGUUUCUCCAGAUCCCCCAAACUCCCAGCGGGGCAUCCGAAGCCAGCCCCGCCGCCUUCUCCUCCUCUUCCUCCGGAGCCUCCGGAGCCCUCGUCCGCCGCUCUCCUCCGGACCAGCACCGGACGCCCUCCUCGGCCUCCUCCCCUCCUCCUCGGACCCGCCGCUCGGCCCAUGGCUUUCCUGAAUGGCUGACCGCCGGCGGACCUGGACCUGGCCCCCGGACCUCCUCCUCCUCCUCCUCUGGCCAUCCUCCGCCUCGGAGCCCCGGGAAACAAGGGCCGACACACCCGACCGAAGCCUUGCCGAAGCCGACGCCGCUUAGCCUUCGCCUUUGGCCGCCUGGCUUUUGGUAAACUUUUCCUCGCCUUUGGGCUCGCCGACCGCCGCCUCCAAGCUGCUCCCUUCCUCCCUCUCUUCUCUCCCUUCUUCCUCCCUUCCUUCCUCCCUCCUUCCCUUUCUUCUUCCUUCUUUCCUUUCUCCCUUUCUUUCUUCCUCUCUUCCUUCCUUUCUCCUUUCAUUCCUUCCUUUCUCCCUUCCUUCCUUCCUUCCUUUCUGUGUAUGCGUGCCUACCCCUUCCUCUUUUUUGGCGAGAAAAAAGCAGCCUCCCCUUCGGUUGGACUUUUGGACUCCAGACCCCUCCAACAGGAGAGCAACAACAACAACAACAACAACAACAACAACAACAACAACCCUCCAGAUAAGUGAAGGAGACCCUUCCGACUGAGCCUUUCUCAGAAAGCGGAGAAAAAGCAAGAAGACUUUUUUCUUUUCCAAAAAGGAAGCGACCAGGAACUUCUCCAAGGAAAGGAUUGUUUGUUUGGAAAAAGAAGAAGAGAAAAGGAGGGAAAGAGCAGGAGAAGGAAACAAAAGACUCCAGGGAAAAGGAGGGAAGGAUAAAACCAAGCGGGAGGAGGAGAGCAGGGCCCGGCGUGGCGUCUCUUCCUAUGCCCGCUCGGGGCUCCCCUGGCCGGGAUCUAUCCUGACUUGCCUCCUGGGGGCUGCUCCGGUGGGUCGCAAAGCUGCAGGCCCCUCCGUCGGAAGGGAGCGGGCUCCGGUGGCCGGCGGCGGCGGUGGGGACGGUGGGGACGGCGGCAGCAACGGGGGGUCGCUCGCUUUGGUCCCGGGGUCCCUUAGAUAUGGCAAUGGUAGUGGGCGCCUGGCGAGACCCGCAGGACGAUGUGGCCGGGGGCCCUCCGGGCAGCCAGCCCUCGCAAGCCGGGGCCCCUUUGCCGGGAGCCCCCUCGGGAGCCCCCCAGACCCCCGGCCCCGGCGGCCCCCCGUCCUCCGCGCCGGCCCAGAGCAACAACAACGGCAGCAACGGCAGCAACAACCCGGCCGGCGACAAAGGAAGCGGAGGGACGACGCAGCAGCAGCAACAGCAGCAGCAGCAGCACAUCGAGUGCGUGGUUUGCGGGGACAAGUCGAGCGGGAAGCACUACGGCCAAUUCACCUGCGAAGGCUGCAAGAGCUUCUUCAAGCGCAGCGUCCGCAGGAACCUCAGCUACACGUGCCGCGCCAACCGGAACUGCCCCAUCGACCAGCACCACCGCAACCAGUGCCAAUACUGCCGCCUCAAGAAAUGCCUCAAGGUUGGCAUGAGGCGGGAAGCCGUCCAGCGGGGCAGAAUGCCACCCACUCAGCCGACGCACGGCCAGUUCGCCUUAACCAACGGGGACCCGCUGAACUGCCACUCGUACCUCUCGGGAUAUAUCUCGCUCCUGCUGCGGGCCGAGCCUUACCCGACCUCGCGCUUCGGCAGCCAGUGCAUGCAGCCCAACAACAUCAUGGGCAUCGAGAACAUUUGCGAGCUGGCGGCCCGCAUGCUCUUCAGCGCCGUGGAGUGGGCCAGGAAUAUCCCCUUCUUCCCGGACCUGCAGAUCACCGACCAGGUGGCCCUGCUGCGGCUCACCUGGAGCGAGCUCUUCGUCCUCAACGCCGCCCAGUGCUCCAUGCCCCUCCACGUCGCCCCGCUCCUGGCCGCCGCCGGACUCCACGCCUCGCCCAUGUCCGCCGACCGCGUCGUAGCCUUUAUGGACCACAUACGGAUCUUCCAGGAGCAGGUCGAGAAGCUCAAGGCCUUACACGUCGACUCCGCAGAGUACAGCUGCUUGAAGGCCAUCGUACUCUUCACCUCAGAUGCGUGCGGUCUCUCGGACGUGGCCCACGUGGAAAGUUUACAGGAGAAGUCCCAGUGUGCGCUGGAGGAGUACGUGAGGAGCCAGUACCCCAACCAACCCACGCGCUUCGGAAAACUCUUGUUACGCCUCCCGUCUCUCCGCACCGUUUCCUCCUCCGUCAUAGAGCAAUUGUUUUUCGUCCGUUUGGUAGGUAAAACCCCCAUCGAAACCCUGAUCCGGGAUAUGUUACUGUCUGGAAGCAGUUUUAACUGGCCCUAUAUGGCCAUCCAAUAAAAGAAGGAGGAAAAAGAGGAGGAGGAGGAGGAGGAAAGUGUUUUAAAGGAAUAAUAAUGGUAAUAAUUAAAACAAAAAUAUGGGUUGAAAAGGGGGGGAAAGAAAACAACCAACAACAACACACACACAAAAAUAACACAACCCACCCAACUUUUACCCCAGAAAUAUUUUUUUUGGGGGGGGGGAAUAAAUGAAUGGAAAAAUUUGGAACAGAUGAUUUUUUGUUUCUUUUUCGGUUGUUGUUGUUGGCGAGUGACUUUUGGGGUCUGGCUUCUACUUUUUGGGGGUUGUUUUUGUUUUUGUUCGAAUGAAAUACAAUAAACAAAAAUAGACUGUCCUUCAGCGAACCAAGGAAGGUGGGUGAGCCCUUGGCUAAAAGAAGAGUUUGGAUGGACUUUUGCAUUGACAAAAUGAAACGAAUGGAAAAAUAAAAAAGAGGAGAGAAACUCAUUAAAACGAACUUUUUACAGAAUGCAUUUUGAAAAGAAAGGAAAAAAAAUCCUCGUCGUCGUUCGGAAGUUGCUACUUCUCUUUCUCUCUUUCUCUCUCUCUUUCUUUCUUUCUCUUUCUCUCUCAAUUGUUUUUUUAAAUGGAAAUGGACUUUUGUUUCUUUUUUUAUUCGUGGGGGGUGUUUAAACUUUGAAACACAACAUCUUGCGAAAAGUGCAUUUUAGAGGAUAUCUGGAGACAAUUAACAGAAUGGAAACAACUCUCUCUCUCUCUCUCUUUCUCUCUCUCUCUCUUUCAUUCUCUCUUUCCCUCUCCCUCCUUUCUUAAUUUGUCCUAUGUUGUCUGUGUACCUAUAGAGAUUUGUUUGGGGUUGCUUUUUCUUCCUCCUUUUUUUUUUUUUUUUGGUAUUAUUUCUGGUUCCAAACCAGUUUGUGGUUCUAUAAUAAUAAUAAUUUUUAUAUAUAUAUAAAAUCUUGGCUUAAAAAAACACCAAUUUUUUUUAAGAAAAAGAAAGAAAUUGUGUAUCCUUGCAAAUAUAUAUAUAUAUAUAUAUAUAUAUAUGUUCUAAAAGAAUUAAAACUGUCGUGGGAAGGUUUGGGUGAGAAGAAGGUCAAAGGAGGAAUAAAAUUAAAAUUAAAAUCCAGUCUCCCCUUCAACAGUACAAGGAAAUAUACAUAUACAUAUACAUACAUAUAUAUAUAUAUGCGCACUUAAAAAUAAAAACAGCCAAAAUUUAGCUCCAAGCUUCAUGAUUUUAAUAGACCCAAAAGUUAAAAAAUGAAAGAACCACUUCUUUUUCUUCCCCUUUCCUCUCUCUCUAUAUAUAUAUCCUAUAUAUAUAGGUUUAUAUAUAUAUAGGUUUAGCUCCAAGCUUUCAUGAUUUUAAUAGACCCAAAAGUUAAAAAAUGAAAGAACCACUUCUUUCUCUUCCCCUUCCCUCCAUAUAUAUAUAUAUAUAUCCUAUAUAUAUAUUCUGUAUAUAUAGGUUUAUAUAUAUAUAUAUAUAUAGGUUUAGCUCCAAGCUUUCAUGAUUUAAUAGACCCAAAAGUUAAAAAAUGAAAGAACCACUUCUUUUUCUUCCCCUUUCCUCUCUCUCUAUAUAUA